AUUCGUGUAGUUUCCUGGUUAAUCAAAAUAAUUGGUAUCUGAAAGAUAGUUUAGACAAGGAUAGCAAUGGUUUCGUCGCUGAUCCAUUGAGUCCACGCAUUUGAACCGAAUAAUUGGAAUCAUUAUCCGCAAGUGUUGAAGAUUUUUCUCGGUUUUGCAGUAGCUUCUGCAACACUCUCAAUAUGGUUUCUGGGAAACUCGGUGCAGUGCUAAUACGCGAACUCUGCUCGAAGACGAUAGAUUUGCUUGUGCACAAGAUUGUAUAUCAUUCUCCGAAAGCGUAAAUUAAGCUUUGAGUAACAUCUCUAAGCUGUUUAUAUAAUUUUUUAUUUUCGUCCGCGCGUGUGUCACCCUUUGUUUUGACAGUUUUUGAAAUACACUGUGCCCACCUACCCAAAUCAAAAAUCGCAUAGGUCGCCACAAAUCUAUUCUCGGCGUUUCAACAUCUUGCACCUUAUUCAGUUGCAAACUGGUCGGGUCGUAACCGCUGUUAAAAAUACUACUUUAGAGUUGUCCUUGGCGUAAUUGACUUCGACAGUUUGUAUGCAUGUAUCGCGUGUAAUAAUCGUUUUGGCAUGUCUCGCACUAAAUUCGUCUUUGCUCAUGCUUCUGACGUUACGUCUGUCGUGGGUAAAGCAAAUAUUUGAAAAAUAAUAUCGCUUAGCUGCUGUUUACUCACCAGGCAUAUGGUGUGCAGUUAAUCUGCUACAUUUGAAAGAAUAUUACAAAAAGAUGCAGUCAGUGGAAAGAGUGUCAGUUGAAAGGGACAAAGAUGGCAAUCCGAUUUUAACAUCAGAAUCGUUAGAGAAAUUUGCUGAUGAUGGUUUCAUACUGAUCCCGCAUUUGUUAGACCCGGAAGAGCUGAGCAUUUUGAAGACAACGGUCGAAAACAAUGAAGUGGUGAAGAAACAUGCGUAUGGGAGGAAUGACGGACAAGGUAGGAAGGCAAAAGUUGUGCUUUGGAAUCGCCCAGGAACCGACAUAACUGGGAUUAUUUCAAGAAGUGAAAAAGUAGCAGGAACUAUGGAAAAGUUGCUAGGCGGGGAGGUUUACCAUUACCACUCAAAAAUUAUAAUGAAAGAUGCACAUACUGGUGGAAUGCACGUGUGGCAUCAGGACUACGGAUAUUGGUAUAGCAAUGGAUGCCUUUUCCCUGAUAUGGGAACCGUUUUCAUUGCUAUCGACAGAACCCACAAAGAAAAUGGGUGCUUAAAGGUAGUGAAAGGCUCUCACAAAUGUGGAAGAAUAGAUCAUACAAGAAUAGGAGAUCAAGCUGGUAUCGAAGGAGAAAGAUUGGAUGAGAUAUUGAAGAGAUUAACGGUACUGCAGGCAGAAAUGGAACCAGGAGAUGCCUUAUUUUUCCACAGUAAUGUGAUGCAUAGGAGUGAGCAAAAUUCCAGCAAUGAUCGCAGAUGGGCUUUCUUAUGUGCUUACAAUCGAGCAGACAAUAAUCCAGUGAUUGAACAUCAUCAUGCCAGAUAUUUUCCACUCGAAAAGGUGCCAAAUUCUAGAAUUUCCUUGUGCAAGCCCCCACUGAUUCAAUGGAUGGAAAAGAUUUUUUCUCUCUUGUUGAUGACGUUAGCAUGGUUGCGCUGGAUCCAAUUUUAAAGAAGAUAUGAAGAAAUAAAUAUCAAUUAUUACGUAGCAUUCGCUAAUGAUGAUGUACAUUUUGAUUCAUUUUUGCACUUGAAGAAAAAAAGUCUUUUAUAUCAGGUUCAGUUGAAUUGUUCGAAUCUGCGUUUAUAUCUAUUGUUGACGAAGUUGAAAUGCCAUUGUAAUGUUUAUUCUGCGAAGUCGAUCACAUUGAUAUUUACAAAUAAUUAUUUGAUUGAAUUGGCAAUGUGUACUCACACUUUAUAUAUAUACAUUAAUUUGGUUGAACAAUGAAAGUGAACAAUAUCAUUUUAAUCAUUCACUGCGGAUAAACGCAUCGCUUCGAGCGUCGGAAAAGAUUUUGUUGCAAUACAUCAUUAUAUUGACUACGUUUCAAUUGUCUACUGGGUCUGUAAUACAAUAACGAACCAAAUUAUCCUACGGGGCUCCACAUGCUUUUUCCACGGUAAAGUUCUUUGCUAAAAUGCUUAGUUAGUUGCCUAGUCGGCAAACAAAUUCGUUAUAACUCGCCAAAGUUUUCGCUGAGCUCGAAACCCAAGUUCCCUUUGAAGCAACUUAAUACGAUAGCGAGGCAGGAAAAACUUGACAAAUUUGCGUUGUAAUUUUUAGGGAAUUGCAAACUCAAUUAAUAAAAAAUAUUUUAUUGUCGUUGGUGUUUACAAGAAACGGUAGACACUGCCACAUUGCCAAACAUUGUACAUAAGAACAAAAAAUAUUAAAUAUAUAUUUCAUCUUAAAAAACGUACUAUAUUUGGACGAGGAAAGACUAUCAAAGUCAUUGAGACAGGGACACCAUUUUUGCUGAGUUUAGGCAGGCAGAUGACAUCAAACAACGUCAGACAAUACGGAAGUAAAUUAGCAUGAAUAAAUAAAACACAAUUUGAUAACUCAAAUUUAAAAGAAAACGGGAGAGUCUAUAGAAAAAUAUAUUGGAAUUUGUCAAUUUUGAGUUCUGUACCUAAAACAAUGGAAGUCUGAAGGUAUCAUGUCGUCAGAUUACUAGUAUAUAUUGAAGAAAUGAUAACCGUUUUUCUUUUCCAAAUCAACAUAUAUAUUUGAAAUCGAUUAACAUAUAGGCUAUAAUAGUUGGGAGAGGGUUCGCACAAAUUUCGAAGAAUAAAUCACACGAGAACCGAAGAUCAAGAUACAAAUCUUAAAGAAAUUUAUGGUGUUAUACAUCCAUAUAUAACACCAUUAUCAUCCAUGUCGGGUAUGGGAUUAGUUAGCCAGAUAGUUAUUUGUUUCUUCCGGCGCAUGGAUUCGAAUGAAUAACAUAGUGCCACAACUAGCAAAUCUUAAUUGCUAACUAAAUUUCUUGAAUAUCAAGUCCAUGCUUCCGAAAAACAAAUAACUAACUAACCCCAUACCCGUCAUGGAAUGGUAAC